UGUUCGUACACAAGUAGCGCAUCUGCUAGCAAGCGAAUGAUUUGCAUCAUUCUAGUUGCUGGGCAUGGAGUCCAACUGGAGAAGGAGAUAAAGGUGGACAAAUCGGGUGUGUACAGUAACUUGCAGGGUGUACCUAAGGCACUUCUGCCUGGUAUUGGGGACACAAAAAUUCUUGAUCUUUGGUGGGAGGCAAUAAACACCCGACGACAGUUUGUUAAUGUCUUUCUUGUAACGAAUGCUGACAAAUACAAGUAUUACGAGAGAUGGGCAACAGCUAAUGACUUUCCUGUAGAGAAUAUUAUCAAUGAUGGAACAACAACAUACGACACAAGGCUAGGGGCGGUGGCUGACUUUCAUCUGUGUUUGAAGAUUAAGAAAAUAAAAGAUGAUGUGAUGGUGGUUGCUGGUGACAUGCUGUUCUUUUCUAACUUUGACAUAGCUCAAGUGCUUGAUUAUUUCAAAUGGAAACAGGGAGAUCUUGCUGUCUGUUAUGAACUGGAUGCAACAGAAUGCACUCAGUCUAGAGGAAUCGUUGAAAUGGAUGCAGACAAUAGAAUUACAAGAUUUUUGGAAAAGCCUGAUCACACACAGACUGAGUCCAGACUGGCCUCAGUAGUUUUCUACUGCUUUCAUAAAGACAGCUUGACUUUGGUUGAUAAGUAUAUGGCUGAAAACACACAUAUGGACCAGCUGGUGUUUGGAAAAUUCUUUGAAUGGUUUGUGCAACAAACUCCAGUAUAUGGAAUGAAACUUCCAACACGUUUUCAAUUGAUUGGGCAAAUUAGUUUGGAGGAAUAUCGGCAACAAGUGGAGGGAAUAAUGGCACUUGCUUUACCACUUAGAGAGCGAAUUAGUCCAAUUAGAUCAAAGAGUUAUGCUAGGAUUGGACUUAUUGGCAAUCCAUCAGAUGGUUUCUAUGGCAAAACAAUUUCCAUGUCAAUCUCUAAUUUCUGGGCUGAAGUAACGAUAGUGGAGAGUGAAAAACUAGUGCUUACUCCACAUAAACUCAACGAUCCGACUGAAUUUGGUGGUUUAUCAGAUCUCCAUUGGAUUAGCCGUAAAGAAGGGUAUCUAGGUGGCCUUCGCUUACUACAAGCGACUUGCAAAAAGUUCUACGAAUAUUGUGCCUCUCGUGGUAUAGCUUUGGCUAAGAGAAACUUCACCCUUAGCUACGAGACAAAUAUUCCAAGACAAGUCGGACUGGCUGGCAGCAGUGCAAUCGUUGUUGCAACACUCAAUUGUUUAAUGAGAUUUUUCAACUUAACAGGCAAUGACUUACCGAAGGCUUUAAGGCCGGAGUUUGUGUUGAAUGUAGAACGUGAGGAGUUGUUUAUCCAAGCUGGUUUGCAAGAUCGUGUUAUUCAGGUAUAUGAAGGAUUGGUGUAUAUGGACUUUGCCUUUGACUUGAUUCGAGCUCAAGGACACGGUCUAUAUAUGAACCUGGAAAUGUCUCAACUGCCACAGUUUUGGCUUGCCUAUCAGAGCAAUCCUAGUGAUUCAGGAAGAAUUCAUAGCAACGUGAAAGCACGAUGGGACUCAGGUGAUGAAGAAGUUCAUAAGGCUAUGAAACAAUUUGCUGAAUUAGCUUCAAACUCCAAAGAUGCAAUUGAGAAGAAGGAUUGGGAAACCCUCGCUUUACUGAUGAAUGAUAAUUUUGACUUGAGAAGGAAAGUCUAUGGUGACAAGGCUUUGGGAAGUCGGAACCUCGAAAUGAUUGAAGUUGCACGAAAACACGGAUCUGCAGCCAAGUUUCCUGGCAGUGGAGGGGCAGUUAUUGGUUUGUGUUUGGAUCCUCAAUGCCAGGCGUCGAUGAAGGAAGAGUUACUUGAGAGAGGAUUUGUUGUUUGUGAUAUCGUACCUUUUGAUGGCAACUCAAGGAGCUAGAAGACACAAGUUUGUGCCAUCCGAUUGGAAAAUCAACUGUUGGAACACACUAAUUAAUUAACUUGUUUUAUAUUGUUAAUUAAUUUUUAGUAUUGACCACCUCUUGUAUUAAACACAUUUCAUAAGUUAACAAACGCAUUAUAUUCUUCACUUUAGAUAUACAUGAUGACUGUGUCCGUUUUAUUGAGUGCGACAAUUAAGAGGCUGAA